AUGAGUAGAUUGCAAAGUAGAUUGAAUAUAGCUUGUAGUGUUUCAAUUGAAGAGGUUGGUGGAAAGUUAUGGGUUAUGUGGGCGGCGGGGAUGCAUGUUUCUUUGGUAGAUGUAUCAAAGCAACAUAUUACUGUGAUCAUGUCUGAUGGAGAUAAGAAUGAUGAGCUGCCUUGGAUAAUUGUUGGUGACUUUAAUGCUAUUCGUUAUGAUUCUGAGAGAAGGGGAGGAAAUCCUAGACCGGUUGCUGUGAUGGAUGAGUUCAAUGAAUUUAUUGAGUUUGCAGGAUUCAUGGAAUUGAGAUUUGAAGGUAAUCAGUUCUCUUGGUGUAAUGGACAUGAGGGACUCGUAGAUGGUCUUGGUUGGAUUGGUCUUUGGACAUCAGAUCAUGCACCAAUUCUGAUUCAGUUGGAGGAGGUUCGUAGCUCUUAUGGGUUUUUGGCAUUUAAAUUUCACCAAAUGUGGGUAACACAUGAUUCAUUCUUGAGCUGUAUUGCUACGACGUGGGAGGAUGAUAUUGUGGAUUAUGGAAUGGCGAGGUUAGCAAGAAAACUAAAAAGGUUGAAGCCUAUACUCCGAGUUUGGAAUCGUGAAGUGUUCGGGAACAUUCAAAAUCAGAUUGGUCAUCUGAAGGAGAGGUUGGCCAUGCUAGAGUCAAAGUUGCAGGGAGAAUUUAAUGAGGAGGAUGAACAAGACUAUCUGGCUGCCAAGGCUAAACUAGAUGAAUGG